AUCCAAUCUGAACCUCACCUCAGGUCCUGGGCCACACAUACCUCAAUAUCCCAAUCCGAGCAGGCUUCCACCACCCCGGCCUCUUCCAGAGCUCAAUUCCUCAUCCUGUCCCGCCAAUUGUCAUGACCAGUACCUGACAGGAUCACCACAACAUGGAUUCAUCCCCAUCGGCAAUGAAGACCCUCGGCGGGAUGGAGCCAACCCUGCCCUCGGUAGCAGGCAUCAAGCGCCCGGCCCCGUCACUGCUGCCGCCGUUUGAGCCUUUGUCCUCGUCCCCAGGUCUGCCUCGGCCUUCGAAGCGGCAGGCCACGUCCAAUGCCUUUCUGAAAUACCCAACGCCCAUCCCGACAUCGAGUACUGGCAUUCUGUCGUCAAGCCCUCCACGCGUCGGGUACAACUAUGGAUAUGCCGCCCCAUAUAUGGCCCCCCGCCCCGGCCUUCAAAGGACCUUGUCGACCGUGUCGGAACGCGCGCCCCUUUCCGACGUACGCGCCGUAGUUAUGAAAGAGAAUGGAGAGACUCUUCUGAUGGGAAGGUCCAGCAACUCAUCUCACUAUCAGCUGUCGUCGAACAGACUGGUCAGCCGAGUUCAUGUUCACGCUCGGUAUAUCCCCGCCACGGAAGCGCUUGAGCCCAACAAGGUCGAGAUUACGUGUACGGGUUGGAACGGUUUGAAGCUGCAUUGUCAAGGGCAGACAUGGGAGCUGGCAAAGGGCGAUUCCUUCACUUCGGAAACCGAGGGUGCGGAGAUUAUGAUCGAUGUUCAUGACACCAGGGUCCUCGUGCAAUGGCCGCCGCGGGAGAAGGAUCGGGACUCGUCGGCCCCCUUGAGCGACUCUUCGUGGGAUGAGACACCGAGGCCAAUGCGACGUGGCCGGCGACCAGGCUCCGACUCGGACGAGGGCAGCCCCAUUCGACGACCGAGACGUAUCAGCAGCCCCGAGUCACCUACACCUGCCAACGGAUCGACUUCCAAGGCCGACCUGGACGACUUGUUGUCUGACAAUGAUGAGGAUGGUGCCGCCGUUGAGAUCUAUGAGGACGAGGAGGAGGAUGAGCAGGAACUGCCCAAGUUGACAGAUACGGGCAGGGGAGAUACUACCUUGAUCACCAGCGUGGACCAGAGCUUUUCCAUUUCGAGUGACCUGAGCGAUCCACAAUCAGAUGAGGAUUACGCCGACCAAGAUCCGGAUGAGGAGAAUGACCCCAUCAUACCUUCGUUUGGUCCCUGCGGCGAGAACCUGUCUAGCCGUCUCGAAUCCUUCACCACCGCCACUUCACCUCCGAGAGCCCGAACUCCCGAUCGCGACUACAGUGGCAGCUCCGAUGGAGAGCGGGCUGGUAGUGUCACCCCGAAGCCUCUGAAGUCGUCAAGCGAGAACGUAGCAGGCGCCUCUCGGCAGGCCUCUCCCACUCCAGCUCCUCGCUCACCAUCGCCCGUCAGCAAGCUCAGCGAGGAACUGACAGCGACGAUUUCGAAUCAUGUCAUCAACCAACUCGCCUUCUCCAGACUGUCUUCCACGCCUUUGUCGACCAUUAUGAACAAUCUUCCUGCGGAUGAUCGGAGACAGGUGACCAAGGAUGAAUUGCGCAGGCUCAUUGAGGCAACAGCUUGCAUCGGUAUCAUUGAACGCCAGGGCAAGGAUGCUGCCGGUAAGCCGCUUGAAAGCGAGUAUUAUUAUGUGCCCGAAUUCGACACGGAUGAGCACCGUCGCCUGGCUGUGACGGACGGCUUGCGGAAGCCUAGCUUGAGGGCCUGCCGCAAGCAGCACAAGCAAUACUAUUGGAAGAAACCUCGCACUCCUUGAUGGUAUCACCACAGCCGCCCUAUCAUCAUCACAUUACCCCAUCACCGCACCCCACCUCCCCAACAUCCAUCCAACAUCCACCCAACACCCAUCCAACACCCUACCCAUACCCAUUGUGCCAUUUU